AUGGAUGAGAUGUUUGAUGUUUUUGAGGGCAAGGUGGAUGCCCCGAGUGCUAGCGAGGACGAGACUGUGUCGCAAAGAAAUCGCAGGGGCGACAAGACAAAGAAGAGAAAGGCCAACGCGAUAAACGGCGAAAACGGCGACGCGGAAAAGUCUGAGGAUGUCGACAUGGACAACAACACCGCCGAAGAAUCUAAGGAUGAGUCUUCUUCCGACGACGAGUCUUCUUCGGAGAGCACCAGCCAGCAGGAUACCAAGAGGAGGAAGAAGGAGGAUGGCGUAGCCCCCGUUAUGACAGAUACCUUCCAGACGGCCGAGUCAAGAGAGGUCGCUGGCGCGGCCACCUUUACAGAGCAGGAUUCAUCUCUCGUUUUGUCGCACAACAUUCAACAUCAGGUUGCCUUGCCCCCGGAUCUAGACUACGAAUACGUCCCUCUUUCCGAGCACAAGGCCCCCGAUCAACCCGCACGAACAUGGAACUUUAAGCUUGAUCCUUUCCAGAGUCUUUCCGUAGCGUCCAUUGAGCGCGAGGAGAGUGUUCUUGUCUCUGCGCAUACUUCUGCCGGAAAGACUGUCGUUGCCGAGUACGCUGUCGCGCAAUGUUUGAAGCGCAACCAGAGAGUUAUCUACACAAGUCCUAUCAAGGCCUUGAGUAACCAAAAGUAUCGAGAUUUCGAAGCCAUCUUCGGAGACGUUGGUCUCAUGACUGGUGAUGUUACUAUUAACCCCACAGCGAGUUGCUUGGUCAUGACCACCGAGAUUUUGCGAUCCAUGUUGUAUCGAGGUUCCGAGAUCAUGCGAGAAGUCGCCUGGGUUGUGUUUGACGAGAUUCACUAUAUGCGAGACAAGACGAGAGGUGUCGUCUGGGAGGAGACCAUCAUCAUGCUUCCCGACAAGGUCCGAUACGUCUUCCUUUCUGCCACCAUUCCCAACGCUUUCCAGUUCGCCGAGUGGAUUGCCAAGAUCCAUCACCAGGCCUGUCACGUCGUUUACACCGAUUUCCGACCAACUCCCCUUCAGAACUACUUCUUCCCUGCCGGUGGUAGUGGCGCCAGACUUAUCGUCGACGAGAAGAGCAACUUUAAUGAGCAAAAUUUCAACAAGGUUAUGCAGGAGGUCGAGGAGAAGAAGGGUGCUGACCCCAACGACCCUAACGCUCGACAGAAAGGAAAGGGCAAAAACAAGAAGACUAACAAGGGCGGUGCUGACAGUGGUUCGGAUAUUGCCAAGAUUAUUCGAAUGACUAUCAAGAAGAAGUUCAACCCUGUCAUUGUCUUCAACUUCAGCAAGCGAGAGUGCGAGAACAUGGCCAUGAACAUUUCCUCUCUCAGUUUCAACGACGAUUCUGAGAAGGCCAUGGUUCGCAAGGUCUUCCACAAUGCUAUUGAGAGUUUGUCGGAGCAGGAUAGGGAGCUUCCUCAAAUUAUCAACUUGUUGCCUCUGUUGGAGCGCGGUAUUGGUGUCCAUCACUCCGGUCUUCUGCCCAUUCUCAAGGAGACCAUUGAGAUUCUGUUCCAGGAGUCUUUGAUCAAGGUUCUUUUCGCCACCGAGACCUUUUCCAUCGGUCUCAACAUGCCUGCCAAGACUGUUGUCUUCACACAAGUCACCAAGUGGGAUGGUGUCAAGAGACGCCCUCUUACUUCAUCCGAGUACAUUCAGAUGGCUGGACGUGCUGGUCGUCGUGGUCUUGAUGCUCGUGGUAUUGUCAUAAUGAUGAUUGACGACAAGCUUGAGCCUGAUACUGCCAAAGAGAUUGUUACCGGGCACCAAGAUCGACUCAACUCUGCUUUCUACCUUGGUUACAACAUGAUUCUCAACCUUCUCCGUAUCGAAGCUAUCUCACCCGAAUUUAUGUUGGAGCGAUGUUUCCACCAGUUCCAGAACGCCGCUAGUGUGCCGUCCCUGGAGAAGGAGUUGAUGUCUUUACAGCAAGAGCGCGACAGUACCAGCAUUGCCGAUGAGUCCACUGUCAAGGAUUACUACCAGAUUCGACAGCAACUUAGUGCGUACACGAGGGAUAUGAGAACUGUUAUUCAGCACCCCAACUACAGUAUCUCAUACCUUCAGCCUGGCCGUCUAGUACAAAUCUACAACCCCAAGGAUGAGAAUGAGACUAUUGCCGGCAACGGAACCGACUUUGGCUGGGGUGUUAUCGUCAACCAGACUCCUCGUCGUGCCCCCAAGCUGAACGAGCCCGAUUAUAUUCCCCAGGAAGCUCACGUCAUUGACGUUCUCCUUCCUAUUUCCAGAUCAAGCGCGGAUUUCCACCCUGGACACCCCGCUGAAGAGAUGCCCCCUGGCAUCAAGCCUUGCAAUGACGACGACGAUAUCAAGUUUGCUGUUGUUCCUUGUCUGUUGACCUGCAUUAAGGCGAUCAGCCAGAUCCGACUCUUUUUACCCAAGGAAGGCCUGAAGAGUGACGGUGACAAGGAUACACUCACAAAGUCCCUUAUGGAGGUUAAGCGCCGUUUCCCUGAUGGUCUCCCUGUUCUGGAUCCCAUUGAGAACAUGGAGAUUACUGACGACUCUUUCAAGAAGCUUCUGCGAAAGAUUGAGGUCCUCGAGUCCCGACUCUUGGCCAACCCUCUUCACCUUUCCCCUCUGCUGCCUUCGCUGUGGGACCAGUACCAUGCAAAGGUCAAGCUCACAGAGAAGGUCAAGGAGACAAAGAAGUCUAUCGCCAAGGCAUACAGCAUUGCUCAGAUGGACGAGCUCAAGUCGCGCAAGCGUGUCCUGCGUCGCCUAGGCUUCAUCAACGACUCCGAAGUCGUUCAGCUCAAGGCUCGUGUUGCCUGUGAGGUUUCUUCGACCGAGGGUCACGAACUUCUCCUUUCCGAGUUGCUGUUUGACCGAUUCUUUAACGAGCUUACUCCUGAGAUGUGCGCUGCUGUCAUGAGUUGCUUUAUCUUCGACGAGAAGGUCGAGGCCCCUGCACUGAAGGAGGAGCUCCAAAAGCCUUACCGCGAGAUUCAGGCCAAGGCCCGAAUUAUUGCCAAGGUCAGCCAGGAGUGCAAGCUUGAUGUCAACGAGGAGGAAUACGCGCAGAAACUCAAGUGGCAGCUUAUGGAGACGGUUUACACAUGGGCCCAAGGUCGUCCAUUCAUCGAGAUUUGCAAAAUGACAAAUGUCUACGAAGGCUCACUUAUCCGUCUUUUCCGCCGCCUGGAAGAGCUUCUGCGACAGAUGGCCCAGGCUGCCAAGGUCAUGGGCAACGAUGAUCUGACAAAGAAGUUCGAGGAGAGUCUGUCUAAGAUCCGCAGAGACAUUGUUGCCGCCCAGAGUCUGUACCUAUAA